AGGGAGGGGAGAGAGAAAGCGAGAGAGAGAGGAGCCCGGAGAAAGGGACAAGGCAGAUCUUGGGAAGCGAGAGGAAGAGAGACUCCUGCAGGAGGGGCAACCUGGGCGGGGAGACGGCGUUGGCAGUGAAGGGCCCAGAGGGGAGCGCAAGGAUCGGGACUGCUCACAAGCGUUCGACUUGUUGAAAGACGUCGAGCGAGGCCAGAGGCUGUGCCCGGGGCCGGGGGACAAAGCGGCGCUGGGCGCGGAGCGAGAGGGAGCUGGCGCUGGCCCGCCGGGAUGGUGCAACUCGCGCGGUGAAAAUGGUCUUUGUCCAACUUUUCUGAUGCCGGGAGGCCGGGCGGCACGGCUCUAGCGGGAAGGGCUCCUGCGAACACUGCUCGAGUAAUGCUGGGAAGUGGAGGGGUGUUGCUGGAGUCCUGCGCAAGUAUUUCUCUCCAAAGACUUCUGUGCUUUAAUUUGGGAAGACAUUAAAACAUUCCAAGAAAUCUCAGACCAUUUCAAGGGAGUGGUGUGUGCUUGUUGAAGAUGGUGGUAUUUACAGAGAAUCUUCAUGGAUUCUAAUGCUGGCAUCAGUGCAAGAAGAGUGUCGGGAAUGGGUUGGCUCUGGAUGGUCUUCUUCUUUCAUCUAGUCACCUCAUUAGAAGAAAUACUUCUGGAUACAACUCAAGAGACCUCAGAGAUUGGCUGGACUGCACACCCUUCUGAUGGGUGGGAUGAGGUAAGCGUCCUGGAUGACAAGAAGCGCCUGAUCCGAACCUUUCAAGUGUGCAACGUGGCCGAGCCGGGUCAGAAUAACUGGCUGCGCACCCACUUCAUCGAGCGGCGCGGAGCCCACCGCGUGCACGUGCGCCUCCGCUUCUCCGUGAGGGACUGCGCCAGCAUGCGCACCGUGGCCUCUUCCUGCAAGGAGACCUUCACACUCUACUACCACCAGUCGGAGGCUGACACGGCCUCUCAGGACAUGCCAGAGUGGCGUGAGGGCCCCUGGACCAAAGUGGAUACGAUUGCAGCUGAUGAAAGCUUUUCCCAGGUGGACAGCACUGGGAAGGUGGUCAAGAUGAAUGUCAAAGUGCGUAGCUUCGGGCCACUCACCAAGCACGGCUUCUACCUGGCCUUCCAGGAUUCGGGAGCCUGCAUGUCCUUGGUGGCAGUCCAGGUCUUUUUCUACAAGUGCCCAGCUGUGGUGAAAGGGUUUGCCUCCUUUCCUGAAACGUUUGCUGGCGGGGAGAGGACCUCGCUGGUGGAGUCCCCGGGGACGUGUGUGCCCAACGCUGAAGAGACGAGCACGACGGGGUCCUCGAGUGUCCGGCUGCACUGCAAUGGAGAAGGGGAGUGGAUGGUGGCCAUUGGGCGAUGCACCUGCAAGGCUGGCUACCAGCCUGUGGAUGAUGAGCGAGCCUGCCAAGCCUGUGCCCCUGGUUUCUUUAAAGUAUCUGUGGGAGAUGACCCCUGCCAUCUAUGCCCUGCCCACAGCCACGCCCCACUGCCGGGUUCCCGGGAAUGUGUGUGUCAGAACCGGUACUAUCGAUCUGCUUCAGACAAUUCUGAUGCUCCCUGCACUGGCAUCCCCUCUGCUCCUCGUGACCUCAGCUAUGAAAUCAUUGGCUCCAACGUGCUGCUGACCUGGCGGCUGCCCAAGGACCUGGGCGGCCGCAAGGACGUUUUCUUCAACGUGGUGUGCAAGGUGUGCCCGGCGGGCGCGGCGGGGCCGUGCGUGCGCUGCGGGGACAGCGUGCAGUUCGAGCCGCGCCAGGUGGGGCUCACCGAGAGCCGCGUCCAGGUCUCCAACCUCCUGGCCCGCGUGCACUACACCUUCGAGAUCCAGGCCGUCAACUUGGUCACUGAGCUGAGCUCAGAAGCGCCCCACUUUGCCACCAUCAAUGUUAGCACCAGCCAGUCAGUCCCCUCUGCUGUGCCUAUGAUGCAUCAGGUGAGUCGUACUACCAAUAGCAUCACACUGUCGUGGCCUCAGCCAGACCAGCCCAAUGGGAUCAUCCUGGAUUACCAGCUACGCUACUUUGACAAGGCAGAAGAUGAGGAUAAUUCAUUGACCUUAACUAGUGAGACCAACAUGGCCACGAUACCAAGUCUGAGCCCAGGCAAGAUCUAUGCCUUCCAAGUGCGCGCUCGGACAGCAGUUGGCUACGGCCCUUACAGUGGGAAGAUGUAUUUCCAGACUUUAACGGGAGGGGAGCGCUCGGAGAUGGUGCAGGACCGACUGCCGCUGAUCGUGGGCUCAGCGCUCGGGGGUCUGGCCUUCUUGGUAAUUGCUGCCAUUGCCAUCCUUGCCAUCAUCUUCAAGAGUAAAAGGCGAGAGACUCCAUACACAGACCGCCUGCAGCAGUAUAUCGGUGCACGAGGACUUGGGGUGAAGUAUUACAUUGAUCCUUCAACCUAUGAAGAUCCCAAUGAAGCCAUUCGAGAAUUUGCCAAGGAGAUUGAUGUGUCCCUCAUCAAGAUUGAGGAGGUCAUUGGAUCAGGAGAGUUUGGAGAGGUGUGCUUUGGGCGCCUGAAACACCCAGGAAAGCGUGAAUACAUGGUAGCUAUUAAGACCUUGAAGUCAGGUUACACAGAGGAGCAGCGGCGGGAGUUCCUGAGCGAGGCCAGCAUCAUGGGGCAAUUCGAGCAUCCCAAUGUUAUCCACCUGGAGGGAGUGGUCACCAAGAGCCGGCCAGUCAUGAUUGUCACUGAGUUCAUGGAGAAUGGAUCGCUGGAUUCCUUCCUCAGGCAGAAGGAAGGGCAGUUCAGUGUGCUGCAGCUGGUGGGAAUGCUGCGGGGGAUUGCAGCCGGCAUGCGCUACCUGUCAGACAUGAACUACGUGCAUCGUGACCUGGCAGCACGAAACAUCCUGGUCAACAGUAACCUGGUGUGCAAGGUGUCAGACUUCGGGUUGUCCCGCUUCCUGGAGGAUGAUGCUUCCAAUCCCACCUACACUGGGGGUCUGGGCUGCAAAAUCCCCAUCCGCUGGACUGCCCCCGAAGCCAUCCAGUACCGCAAGUUCACCUCCUCCAGUGACGUCUGGAGCUAUGGCAUUGUCAUGUGGGAGGUGAUGUCCUACGGUGAGAGGCCUUACUGGGACAUGUCCAAUCAGGAUGUAAUUAAUGCCAUUGACCAGGACUAUCGCCUGCCACCACCCCCAGACUGCCCUACUGUUUUGCACCUGCUCAUGCUUGACUGCUGGCAGAAGGAGAGGGUCCAGAGACCCAAAUUUGAGCAAAUAGUCAGUGCCCUGGAUAAAAUGAUUCGCAAGCCAUCAGCCCUCAAAGCCAUUGGCACUGGGACAAGCAGACCAUCUCAGCCUCUCCUGAGCAACUGCCCUCCAGAUUUCCCUUCCCUCAGCAAUGCCCAUGAGUGGUUGGAUGCUAUCAAGAUGGGCCGCUACAAGGAGAAUUUCGACCAGGCCGGUCUGGCUACAUUCGAUGUCAUAUCACGCAUGACUCUCGAAGCAAGCAGUUCAUUUUAGCAACCUCUGUGUCCCCUGUUCUUUUGCAGAGAUAUUCAGCGUAUUGGAAUCAACUUGAACCAGUUGAAGUGUGAUGUUUACAUCAUCCUCAUUCCACUAGUCUCAAACUCUGGAAAGGUUCUGAGGAAAUUCAGAGGGAUUUUCAAUGUAAGAAAACAAUGUCAGUAUGCUACUUGAAGACUUAAUGCACCCAGAGAGUGCACAUUACAUGUCCUGUUCCAUGAACAAAAACAAAGCCUUGCCGUGAUUUGAAAGCAGAACUAAAUGACUGGUGACAAUUACAUGUGGCUGGUGUCAUACAUUGGGAAUGGGUUUGGGGAGGGAAGGUUAUAAUAACACAGGGCGGAAAGGGAAUAAUGGCUUGGACAGAUCACAACCACCUGUUGCCUAUUGUCUGCCAACAAAAGGUAUCUGACAACUUUACAAAGUCAUCAGCAGGCUUUAUUUAUGGCUGAGAGCCCAGCAAAGCUGCAAAGACAUAAUAAAGGCAACAAAAAAUUAGCUUUUUUUCAGAAGAAUGCCAUCGUGGUGUGAGAAAUAUUUCCUCAGGUGGAGAUGAGCAUCAAGUUACUAGUUGGUGUGCCAGCUCAGUUCAGAACUGAAGUUCCAGCUAGUGCACAGUAUGUGGUAAGAAAAACAAUGUCACCUGGUAAACAGGUUCAGAGUAAAGGGUUCGAAAUUCAAUGAUAUUUUGUGUGCAGUUCUUGGGCCUGCUUCAUGAUGGGAAUUGCUAAUCUUUUGUGCUGAUGUGAGAAAGAGUCCAUCUCUAUUUAUGGGACUGCAACAGAAUGAAUAAAUAACAAUUCCUAGAAUCCACCCUGCAAGAUCUGCAAGUGGGAAGGGGGAAACAGAUAGGUUCUGGUUCUCACAAGCCCAUUCUUGUGAGGAAAGGCAUAACCUGUGAUACUCCUAAAUCCUGAGUAUUCAGAUCUUGGGUUUUGUUUUCUUCUGAACCCCUUACAAUGAAAAGUAGAAUGAAAAACAUCUGAAACCUUUUGCUGAUGAAAAAUACUUCCUCUUUUUCUCACCCUAGCCAUUAGGCACAGUUGUUUGAAUAUUGUUUUUGAAGAAAAUGCAGACAUGCAUUAGUCAUGUUGUGAAACUCUUUCACAAGUUUUUAUCAAGAGUGAUCAGGGAAUGGUUCCAGUCCCAUAAGUCACUUCAGUCCUUACAGAAGGGCUAACAGUGUUCCUGGGAUCAACAGUGUUGUUUGGUACAGGCACAUGAGAGUGACGAAAAUGGCAGAUCUUAUGUAUCCCUUCGGACAGACUAGUACCUGCCUGUGGGAAAAUGUGCUUCGAGAGGGAGCAGAGCUUUGGGACUGUAUCUCUGUAUCUAUCACUAGGACGUUGAGCUUGAGAGGAGAACUUAUAAACUAUACACUUGUCUACCUCAUCAACACAGAGGAAGGGAAAUGGAAAUGGCCUUGGUAAACAAGACCACAGUUAUGAUACCCCCUGUGUGUCUAGAGAGGAAAUAACCCCCAGCUGUUGUGAUCUGUGCUCAUCUGUUUGCUCACUGUGAGCUAGACAUGAACCUCGUGUAUUUCUCCAGCUGUCAAGCUUGGAACAUCACAACUUCUUCACAUACUACUGCUUUAUGGAUUUAAAGAUUCCCCCAGUCAACCUAACAAAGACCAAGAAGCCAUGUUUAAGAGUGAUUGAAGAGUCAAAUAAUAUGAUGGGAGGUGCUUCAGAAUAGUUGCACUGGAAUAGCCAAUGCAGUUCAGGCUCUUUGUUACAGCAUUAGAGUAACAUUAUUUUUAAUUUGUUUUAGCUGAAGAGGGAACAGCAGUGCAUUUUUCAAAAUAUUAAAAAGUCAAUAUAAAAAUAAUAAAAGGAAACAUGAAUAAAGCAUUCAUGACAGUACGAAGAGAGUGUGAAGAUUAAAAAAACCCAAAUCACAUCCGACUAGAGUCCAACCUAGAAAAUCUCAGUCUGUGCUUUUUAAGGGGUUUCUGGAAGCUUGUACUACUCACACAACCAGUCACAUAUAUGCUGACUGACUGUCAGCUCCACCCACGGCAUCUGAGACAGAACAAGUGUUGUCCUCUUCAGAAAGCAUAUUGAGCACAAGAUGUUGAGGGGAAUCUGUGGUCUCUAGCACCUUCCAUAUAUAUAUUCACCAGAGGACAACAGUGCAUGUAUGCAUCUUCAUAUAUGAGUGUAAUCUAGAAGUUCUGUGUGCCAUUUGGGGAAACA